GAACGGCUAAGAAUGGGAGUGUAAUUAAGUCCCUGAACAACAAUACACACACAAACACACACACAGGGUACAGCUCACAGCCUCCUGAGCGGUGAGUCAGACGGCAUUCUGGGUGUUGUUGGAGGUUUCCUGACCUCCCGGUGCUGACAGAAGCAGGACGACGCACGGGGAGAACGGUUAUAAAAAUUGAAACAGAUAAGGAGCAGGAUGAGUAUCAGACAUGUUAUCUGGAGACCAUGUGGACGGGACGGAGGAAGAGAGCAACACAACUAAAGGCAAUGCUUCUUUAAAAUCAGUGGAGGAAACCCUUUCAGCAUGUGACCCUGUGAGCAGAGGAAACACCUUCCCCACUGACCUCAUCAGCACCCAGCCUCUUCCCGCUGCAGCCCCGGCAUUAAAGGCCUCACAGAAGGAGGUGGGGUUUGAGAGGCCUCAGUGUGACCUCCAGAAGCCCACCUGCCCACGAUGUGGCCUCACAGUCCUGGACCACAGACUGCCCCCUCCCUCCCCGGGCCGGAGCCGGCUGCAGGGCUCCAGCAUGUCGGUGCACAGCGUCAGCAGCAGGAAGAGCGGGAGGAGCAGGGGCAGCGUGGCUGGAUCACACACACGUACUGCUACAGCUGCUGACUCCUGUUUAGAGCUGCUGCUGGCGUGUUUGUCGUGCCAGUGCUCAGUGCUGCUCCUGGGUCUGUUGGAGGCCUGCUCCUCCUGCCUCCACACCUUCUGCUCCUCCUGCUGCCACGCCUGUGCCCGCUGCUGCGCGGCAAUCCAGGAGGCGCCGGUGGAGGAGCUCAACUGCCACGCCCACUGCCACUCGGUGAUGUUCGAGUCUUGCUGCGAGCCAACCGAGUUUCUCGAGUUCUGUCUGGAGUGCUGCGACAUCUGCCAUCGCAGCUAGGAGGCCUGAGGACUUGUAUAUAAGACAUUAAAGCCAAUGUGGGAUUCCUAACUGCUAAGACAUUUCUAGGGACCCCUUCAAUGAUGUAAAAAAGCACAAUCACCAAUUUAUCGACACCAUAAUGCUAAAACAAAACUUAUGGAAGAUUUUACUUAAGUGACUCACUCUCUUUUCAGUAAAGGGAAUUGUAAGGUCUUCUAUGAUGUAAAGCAUUUGUAAAUAAGUAAAAUAUUUGGGAAAAUUCACGUAUUGGUUUUAUUAGUUGUUUUUUUAUUGCGUUCAGUACUGAGCUGGAGCUAGGUAGCAAUUAGCUUAGCCUAGCAUAAACAUUAUGUUUAAAACAUUACAAAAUAAUGAAUCUAACUGAAUCAAAUAUCUUGGAAAUUGGCAAAGUGUGUUUAGUUUAUUUGAUACAACAACAGAACAGAAAUAUAUGUUUGGUUUUUUUUGCUUUAAGAAGAAGCAACAUGGUGUUAGUUUUAAUUGGCGAGCAACGAUUUAUCCAUUUGUCCAGCACUUUGAUGAGUUAUGGUCUGUUACUUCAGGUUUAAUAACAAAUGUGAUUUUUUUACAGUUCCUGUUAUGGACACUUUAGUGAAGAAGGCUGGGUCCUUUUCUGAACUUUAGAGAGAACCAGACUGGCUGUUUUCAAUAUUUCCAGUCUUUGUGCUAAGCUAGGCUAAUCCCCUCUCAGCUCCAUACUUGGAGGAAUCGUUUGACAUUUUGGGAAAAAUGUUUAAUUGCUGUUUUUCAAGAGAGCAGAUGUACAUCGGUGUAGAUCCAAAAUGAUUCCUUUUUCAUCUUUGCAUUUUCAGAUUUCAACACAAGGACUAAAUAUAUUAUUUAUCUCCUGGUUGUGUUUGUGGAAAACAGAUUCAAGGAUAUUUAUUCUGUGUGUUAAAUCUCUCGUUUAAGCAAUGGUGAUUAACAUUGAAGCCAAAGUUGGAGUCAUAGAUACUGUAAUGUUGUCUCUGAUCAGAUUGCUGCACAACCAAAUAUCAUGCUAUGUUAAAUGACAAUAUGCGUCGAAUGCAUAUAAUGUAUGACAGAUAAUUAAUACAUGAACAGCCUCUUUAUAAGGUAUUGGGCAAAUGGAUAAAACACAUUAAAGCCUAAGGGCUGAAUGUUGGUGCAAUAUUCAGGUUAUAUUCUUCAGAAAAAAAGUGUUUUGUUUGUACAUCAAGUCGCAUUUAAUGAAUUUGACCCGGUAAGACUCUGAACGAGAGGGGCCGACCUCUUUGCUCAGUUUUGUUCGGGUUCUUAUGUUAUCAGAUCGCAGGUUUGACUUCUCCCUGCGCAGUUCUUUGCAGCUGAGGAACAGGGCGACAGAAAACUUGUCAGCUCUCUCUUGAAUCCCUUUUCAUAUUUGUCAUAUAAAGCACUUAGAACUUAAAAGGAUGCUUAUUCUCUCCAGAUGUUGGAAGAUUGAAGCCGGCUCCUUUAAAGUCGCCGUGAGAGAUGACAGCUGAGAGGCAGAGUAAACAGCCAAAAAUAAAACAAAGCGGCGAUAAAGACGACGCUGUCAAUCUGUCCGGGCGAGCCAAGAGGCUCAUUUAAAUCAUGUUAGAGCGAGUAAAUCAAAUUUAAGUAUCUCUUUUGCCCACAACACAUUUGGAUUCUGCUGGUGACAAGAAACAGCGUUGACGUCCAAUUUAGAGCAUGGCGAGCACACAGCAACAAAUAAACACUCAGGUUUGUUCCACUUGUCCCCCUCAAUUUGUUUUACCCUUUCCCCGCGGCUGAUGUCUACUUCCACAGAUAACAAACAGCGGAUAGUGUCAGAGUCAACUCAGAACCUAUAUGUUAAAGAUGGAUGUAUAUAUUUGCCAUAAAAUGUUGAUUUGAAAACACCACGAUGAUACGUAAGUGACAGGAACAUCACUUUCCAUUUUAUUGUGGUGAAAACAAAAACAACAAGAGCCUUUUAGAUACAACAAGCUGAGGAAAUGUUGGUUUGUUAAUAAUUUGACCAAAUAACCAAAAUACUUUGUUAAUAGAUAAUUAAUUUAAGUAUUUAUUAAGAAAAAUAUUUGACCCUUCACGUUGCUAAUUGUCAACAUUUGUUGCCUUUUUGUAUUUUAUUGGUCAAUACAUGAUUAUAUGUUCAGUAUAACUCUUUUCUAACUUUUAGAUAUCACAUUUAAUUAUUGUUUAAAUGUCAAACGUUUAGGUUAUCAUAUUUAGACUUUUUAAUUACUUGUAAAUGUAAAAAUUAAUUGCAGAUUAAUUAAUAAUAAAUGAUUAAUUUCAAACCUAUUUGUUAGUUUUUAAAGCAAAAUAGUAAUAUGAUAAAAUAUCAUACAAAAUGAAAUGUACUGUAACAAGUAGUAAUCAAAAUAAAUGAUAUAAACAACAAUAAAUUACAACUUUUGAAAACCCAUUACAAGAAGAUGAAUCGUUAUUAAUAAUUAAUAAUAAUGAGGAGACAUCACAGCUGGUAUCUGAACAUCCCCAUUUAGUUUUUAUGGUCAAUUUGUAAUUUUUAAAAGUCUUUGUGAUGUUUAUAUUCCACAAUUAAAAUAAUUUAAUGAUUCAAGUCUUUUUUGAGCCAACAACAUUUUUAAAAGUAUUUGAAACACUUACUACAAUA